CGCAUCUUUGGCGCCGCCUCGAGUUGACGCGGUCGAGUCAGCUGCAAACAACUCGCCUCUCCAUCCCAUCACCCCGGACAGCUACUGGUCCUGCAGACGCCACUCAGCGAUCUCUCCGCACCGGCGUAGCACACUCGCAGCCAGCCCGCGCCUCCGCCAGUCCACCUGGCUUGCACUCUGCACCAUGCUCGCCCGCCUGCGCCCCGUCACGCGUGUGCUGUGCCCGCCCGGCGCUGCCCGCGCGCUGGGCACGGCGGCCAAGGCCUCGCCGCCGCACCUCCUCUCGCUCGCGGAUCUGCAGGUGCCGCACAUCGCCGCCGUGCUGCAGCGCGCCGCCGAGCUCAAGGCCAUGUCGCGCGCCUCGGACCGUGCCUUCGUCACGGCCCCGGCCGCCGGCAAGCACGCCGGCGGCGCGACGCUGCCGCAGAGCCUGGCAGGCCGCAACAUCGCCAUCAUUUUCGCCAAGCGCAGCACGCGUACGCGAGUCGCGAGCGAAACAAGUGUCGCCGGUCUGGGCGGCCACCCUCUCUUCCUGUCGCCGGCCGACAUCCAGCUGGGCGUCAACGAGUCGCUCUUUGACACGUCAAAGGUGGUGUCGAGCAUGUGCGACGGCAUCAUGGCGCGCGUGGGCGGACACGACGAGAUCGAACUGCUCGCCAAGCACUCUCGCGUGCCUGUGAUCAACGCCCUGUCGGCGCGCUACCACCCGACGCAGAUCCUGGCAGAUCUCCUCACCAUGCUGGAGGACGAGGUGAUCGGCGGGGGGCCAUCGUCGUCGCUGGCGUCGCUGCAGGGCGUCAAGGUUGCCUGGAUCGGCGACAGUAACAACAUCCUGGCCGACAUGCUCGUGGCCAUGCCGCGCCUGGGCAUGCACCUCAGCGUCGCGGUGCCCAAGGGCUACAAGCGCGACGAGCACGUGUGGAGGGACAUGGAGGCGGGCCUCAAGGAGGAGACGGCGUACGCCAAGGGCCGUGUGAGCUGGGGUAACGACCCCCUGGAGGCGCUCAAGGAUGCCGACGUCGUCGUCACCGACACCUGGAUCUCCAUGGGCGACGAAGCUCAGAAGGAGCAGCGCCUGCGCGACUUCGCCGGCUUCCAGAUCACCGAGGACCUGCUCCGCCGCGGCGGCGCGAAGGCCAACGCGCGCUUCAUGCACUGCCUGCCGCGCAAGCCCGACGAGGUCGACGAUGAGGUCUUCUACGGGCCCCGCUCCAUCGUCUUCGAGGAGGCUGAGAACCGCAAGUGGAGCAUCAUGGCGCUCUUCGACGCCUACUUCGGCCGCUGGGAGAAGGCGUGAGGGCCUGCCGACGCCGGCGGCUAUGGAAGACGCUGCGACCGCCUCUCUCCCCACAUAGACGUGCCUGCCGCGCUUGUAGCCUUGCUGACGCUCCGCAUCGUCGAAUGAGACACUGUCACGCUUCAU